AUGCCAAAUGAACGACAUCGAAUUAAUUUAUUACGAAUGGACGUUGAUAGUGUAUUAAAACCGUUUAAUGAUGAACAAAAAUAUUUGCAAAAACUCCGUCGAUCAACAACUAUUGAACCUAUACUUUUACAUUUAUUUAAUUUAUUAGAAAUUGAAGAUUAUCGUUUAUUAUUUUCUUCCAUAAAUCUUCAAACAGUUGAUUUGAAAUGGUUACAAAAUUUUAGUAAAUUAUGUCUGAAACGUUAUUUCGAAUUAGAUGAUAUUUUUUUUUCUCAAACAUUUCAAAUAAAUUCUCAAAAUAAACAUGAUACAAAAUCUAGUAUUGAAAAUUAUACAAAUUUUUUAAUUGAAAAUAUAAAAAAACGUUUUGCAAUGAAAUAUUUUUGUGCAAUUGUUUUUGAAAUUGAACAAUUAAAUCGUUUUAAAUUUGAUGAAGUAUCCAAACAAUUAAAUGAAAAUAAUCGUAUUAUCAAUGAACUGUUUUUAUUAUGUAACACUCAUGAUAAUAAUGAUGAUAAAGACGAUAGUAUUAUACAUUUAAGUUCAACACCAGCACAAUUAAUUAAUCGACCCAUAUAUAUUAAUUAUAAACCUAUACAUAUGGUUUAUUUACGUGAAAAUCUUUGUAUUAAAAAUGAUCUUGAUCAACGUUUACCAUUAAAAGGUAUAACAAAUACAUUUGUUGCUGAUUUAAUUAAUACAAAACAAAUCAAUAUACUUGAUGAAAUAACCGGUAAAACAUAUGAUAUACCAACGAAAUGGCUUUAUUUUUCUAAACCAUGUGAAACAAAUGUAAUUUUACCAUUAAAAUUACGUGUUUUAAUAAUUGAUUCUCAAACUGGACGUCGUCGUUAUGGUUUAAUUGGUGAAGAACCGGGCAAAAAUAAUGAUUAUCGUUGUUUAGUUCUUUUUACUGAUGAUCAAACAAAUAUAUCAGCUAAUUAUCAUCCAUCAUCUCAUAUACAUAUAUGUCUUGAUCAAACAUUUUCAACACAUUUACAUGAAAGUAAAAAUGAUUUUCUUGAAAAAUAUUUUGCAUUAUAUCCGGAACGAAUGAUGUUAAGAGUAAAAGAAGGUUCUAUUGUUAAAGUACGAAAUGUAUCUGCAAAUUUACAAAAUAAUAAUUCAUUUGUACCUGCACUUGUGGUACAAAUUGAUGGUUCAAUGAUGCAAAUUGAAUUAAGUCAUAGUAAACAACGAAAAUGGCUUUAUCGUGGUUCACCAUUACUUGAUCAAAUGCAUAAUUAUUAUUCAACACAAACAAAAGCAGCUGUGAAUGGUCUUUCACGUCGAACAGCUCGACAACAUUUAUCAGCUAGAAGAACAAAUGCACCUGAAAUUAUUUGUUUGAAUGAUCAAACAUCACCAACACCACCAACAACAUCAACAACACCAUCACCACCAAUAGCAACAAAUAAAAUAAAAUCUGUUCGAACAGCUGAUCAAGCAAUAGAUGGAUCAGAUGAAACGAGAUCUAUAAAACGACCUCGAAUAUCAAAUGAACAAGAUAUGCGAAAACCUUCACCAGUUCAAUCGUCUCUUUCGAUUCAAACUGGUUUACGAACACUCCGACCACGUCAACCAAAUAGUAAUACACCUCAUACAGUACCAUCUUCUUCCUCGAAUGAUAAUACAACACCAAUAAAUCUUCAUCGGCAAUCAUCUUCAUCAUCAACUUCAUCUAAUCAGUGUACUACAUCUGUGCAAUUACGUCCCACUCAUUCAAAUUCAAAUCCAAGAAUAUCAAUUAAUCCAUUAUUUCUUGAAUUAGCAGAAAAAUUUCUUCUUCGUUAUUCUUAUGAAUUUCAUCCACAUAAUUGUUCACAUAAAUGUGUUGUUUAUGCUGAAAAACAUUUUCAACAACUGCCAAGAACUAUGAAUCCAUUUUUAAAACCAUUUGCUUGUCAUUGGACAAUGCUUGACAAUGUACGUGUUAAAAAAGCUGGUGAUAUUCGUCUUAAAGCAACACGUUCAGCAGUUAUAUAUUGUACACCAUGUGGUCGAAAACUUAUUAGUCAAGCUCAAAUAGAUAAUUAUCUUCAUGAAACAAAAUCAAAAUUAACUAUUGAAUUAUUUGUAUUUGAUUGUAAAGCGAAUAUGAAACAACAUUAUUGCCCAGAUGGUAAAAUAUUAGAUGCAGAUAUAUCAAAUGGACAAGAAAAUGUUCCAAUAUCAGUUGUAAAUGAAGUUGAUAAAGAACCAAAUAAAAUUGAAGAACCUAGUACAUUUAAAUAUCGUGUUGAACGAACACCAGUUGCAGGUGUUAAUAUGGUUGUGAAUGAAUCAACAAUGACAUGUUGUACUUGUACAGAUGGAUGUAGAAAUAGAAUUAAAUGUGCAUGUUGGUUGCGUACAUUGAAAUAUGCUGAAUUAAUCGGUGAUGAACGUGUUAAAACUAUGAAAGCAAAACAUAAAAGUCAAACAGAAAUUCUCAAUCAACUUGGUUAUCGUUAUCGACGUUUACAUAAAAAUGUUCCUGGUGGUAUAUAUGAAUGUAAUGAUCGAUGUUCAUGUCAUAAACAAACAUGUUCAAAUCGUGUUGUUCAAAAUGGUAUUAUAGCACAACUUCAAUUAUUUAAAACUAAUGCACGUGGUUGGGGUGUACGUACUUUACAUGAUCUUCCAAUAGGAACAUUUAUUAGUGUAUACUCAGGUGAAAUUUUUACUAGUGAACAAGCCGAUGAACGAGGAAAAUUACUCGGUGAUGAAUAUCAAGCAGAUUUAGAUUUUUUUGAAAAUAUUAAUCAUGAUUCUGAAGAAGAACAAAAUGGAAUUAGCAUAGAACUAGAUGAUGACGAUGAAGAUGGUGGUGGUAAUUCAUCUCCAUCAAGUACAGAAUCAACUAAUACUCGUCUUCGAAAUGCUAAUCUACAAUCACGUGCACGUGAAUUACUCAAUAAAAAAGAUACAAAAAAAUCAUCAAAAUCCAUUGCUGAUGAUAAUGAUAAUAAUUCAGCAUUAAAUCGAACCGUAUUGCCCGACUAUGAUAGUGUUGUGUAUACACUCGAUGCUAAAUUAAUCGGAAAUAUAGGUCGAUAUUUUAAUCAUUCAUGUUCACCAAAUAUUGCUGUACAAAAUGUAUUUGUUGAUACACAUGAUAUACAUUUUCCGUGGAUUGGAUUUUUUGCAACAAAAUUAAUUCGAUCGGGUACAGAAUUAUGUUGGGAUUAUAAUUAUACAGUAGGUGAAAUAGCUGGCCGUCGUAUGGAUUGUCAUUGUGGUUCAGCUGAAUGCCGUCGUCGAGUUCUAUAG